GACACACACCCGCGCAAUGACCUCUAACUACCCUUCUCCCACCGCCCAAACGACCCAACCCGACAAAAACCCAACGUCAACAAUAAUACCGCCGACACGUCCGUCCCGAGCAGUCCCAAUACCAUGGCCGCGGGACCCGUCAUCAACCCACCUACCCACCCGCUCCCUCCCUCCACCCGUGCACUCGAACAACAACAGCAACACACAACAGCACCCGCCCAACGCUGCCCAGUCUACACAGCAUUCUCCCGCCAUAUAGGUAGGCACUGCUUGUCAUACCGCCAAUUCACCACCACCUCUUCAAAAAAGAAAACGACAUCCCACACCCCCGAAGCAGAAGCACACGCCCAGUCCGCGGGGCACGCGGGACGCAUCCCGAUUCGGGCUCUUCUUCCCUCCCUCCCCCCCUUCCUUCCCUGUUGCUCGACACACGACAUGCCGUGGGAAUCCGGUUGGGUGGUGGGUUUCUUUCGUCGUUUCGUUUUUUAUUUCCCCAUCUGCUGUGCGUUGCUUUGCCCCUGGACCCUACAUAUGUAAGGUGUGCUAUAGCUCGUAUCCCCUACAUGUGAGUGAGUGAUGGAAGAAGCACGGCACGGUCCACUGACGCUUUGAUAUCGUGACGAGGGACCGGAGGACGGGAUGGGGAGAUGCCAGGGGGAG